AUCCUCCACAUCCUCCAGCCCCGCCUUGUUCAAUUAUUGCCUUCUUCUCCCCUCUCCUCCCGUCCCAUCUAAUCCCCCUCACACCUCCCCGGUAAUGGCGAUGGCGUCGUCGCGGGCGCUGCUGAUGGUAGCGGUGGCCGUCGCGGCGGUUUGGUGCGGCGAGGCGGGGUCGGCGCCGACGGCGGCGGCGGAGGCGGCGCACGACGUGCUGACCGCGCACGGGCUGCCGCGGGGCCUGCUCCCCGCCGGGAUCGCCGCGUUCUCGCACGACCCGGCCACCGGCCGCUUCGAGGCGUCCCUGGACGCGCCCUGCACGGCCAAGGCCGAGGUCGACCUGCGGUACAACGCCACCGUGUCCGGCGAGAUCAGCUACGGCCGGAUCAGCGACCUCUCCGGCGUCUCCGCGCAGGACCUCUUCCUCUGGUUCGCCGUCCUCAGCAUCCGCGUCGACGUGCCCUCGUCCGGCGUCAUCUACUUCGACGUCGGCGUCGUGUUCAAGCACUUCCCGCUCUCCUUUUUCGAGGCCCCGCCGCCCUGCGUCCCCACCUCCUUCAUCCUCCUCGCGCCGCACAAACUGGGUGGUGACGAAGGAUCGGUGGACGGCGGCACGGCGCUGCAAUAAUGGGACAGACGGGACGGAUUCCCCCGGAGCCAGAAGCCCAGUUUUGAGAAGUGAUCGGCCGGCUGUCCGCCGGCGGACGGCCCCGCCGGUUUCAUCAUGUGCAGAUAGAUAGAAGUGGCCAUUAUUCCUUUUGUUUGCGAACUAGCAUCCAGUAAUCCCUUCCCUGCCACCACCUAGUCAAA